AUGUCAGGGUCGAACGAGUUCUUGGGGAUGAUUCUCGUUACUUUGGGCCUCUCGUCGAUGGCCACCGGCGUGGCCGCCAAAGCUAUCGCCCCGACAUAUCACGGGAGCAACACGUUCAAUUGUGUCGUUUACAUCUGGAUGGCUAGCCAUCUCGCAGGCGACUUGAUCACCACCUCCGUCAUUGCCCUGUUCCUCUACCGUAGCAAGACCGGCUGGUCCCAGACUGAUGCCAUCUUGACGCGAUUGCUGCUUCUGACUGCCGAGACCCAGCUCCCGCCCACCCUCAUAUCAAUUGCUUUACUCAUCACCUACGUUCUCGAUCCCAACUCUACUUGGGCCGUUCUCUAUCUCUUCACCACCAAGGUCUUCGGAGUCUGCCUCCUCGCGGUACUCAAUACUAAAUACACACGGCGUCGGGAAUUGGAGACUGCUUCUUCGAACGGCGGCAACAAUACGUACGCACUGAAGUCUCGCCCCAAGAAGUCUAGUGUGCAGGUGAUGGUGCAGACCGAGACGUAUCUUGAGACAGACGAUGCCAAUAGUGGGCUUGGCUCCGAGAUCAGACGCAAGCGAGGCCAUGGGAACGAGCUCGACGUGGAAUUUGACGGUGGAGACAGUGCCGACUGCGAGGGGUUCAAAAAGCUAGCUGACAUCGAGGAGGGUAGCCUGUACCCGCUUCCGUCGGUGCGGUUCGAGCGGGGAUGA